AUGUUCCAUGUGUCUCUUUACCACUACUGUCUCCUGAUGUUCCAUGUGUCUCUGUACCACUACUGUCUCCUGAUGUUCCAUGUGACUCUGUACCACUACUGUCUCUACUGUCUCCUGAUGUUCCAUGUGACUCUGUACCACCACUGUCUCUACUGUCUCCUGAUGUUCCAUGUGUCUCUGUACCACUACUGUCUCUACUGUCUCCUGAUGUUCCAUGUGUCUCUGUACCACUACUGUCUCCUGAUGUUCCAUGUGUCUCUGUACCACUACUGUCUCUACUGUCUCCUGAUGUUCCAUGUGUCUCUGUACCACCACUGUCUCUACUGUCUCCUGAUGUUUCCAUGUGACUCUGUACCACUACUUCUCUACUGUCUCCUGAUGUUCCAUGUGACUCUGUACCACUACUGUCUCCUGAUGUUCCAUGUGUCUCUGUACCACUACUGUCUCCUGAUGUUCCAUGUGUCUCUGUACCACUACUGUCUCCUGAUGUUCCACGUGUCUCUGUACCACUACUGUCUCCUGAUGUUUCCAUGUGUCUCUGUACCACCACUGUCUCUACUGUCUCCUGAUGUUUCCAUGUGUCUCUGUACUACCACUGUCUCUACUGUCUCCUGA